GCCGCCGGCGCCUUCGCGGUGGCGAGCGUGAGCGACGGCCUCGACGGCUACCUCGCGCGGCGCUGGCGCUGCGAGAGCGCGCUCGGCGCGUUCCUCGACCCCGUCGCCGACAAGGUGCUCGUGUCGGCGACGCUCGUCAUGCUCUCGGCGCGGUUCGGCGUCGACGUCGCGGUGCCCGCGGCGGUCAUCGUCUGCCGCGAGGUCGGCGUCUCGGCGCUGCGCGAGUGGAUGGCGGCGCGCGGCGCGCGCGACGCCGUCGCCGUCGGCUUCAGCGGGAAACUGAAGACCGCGUGCCAGAUGGCCGCGCUCUUCCUGCUGACCUGGGCCCGGCCGCCG